ACGUAAGAGCUCACAAUCUGACAUUUAUUGCUGAGCUAAAAUAAAUGUAUUGGCUUUCUAGAGAGGUGAUCAGAGGGGGAGGCUGUAAAAUCUAGCAGAGGCAAGAGACCAUGGCUGAUGGCACAGCAGAGAAGGUACAUCCAAGGAAAUACUCUGCAGGGAGAAAUGACAUUUUGGAACUACAGGGGGACCGGAGGAUCUCCGUUGUGGCAGGACAUCCACAUAGAAGCCACCCCACUGGUGUGUGGGUCCUGCCUGAAUUUCCCCAAGAUGAGGGGGAAGUAGUGCAGCACUUUGUGUCACAGCAGACUGUAGCAGCAGAGUUACAAGAUAAAGAUGACAUCCUUUUUCGAUCCUUGGUUAUGCCCAAAUACAGUUUUCAGCACAGGAAUAGGUACACACGACGUAGAAUGGCUUUUUUAAAGCUCUCCCUCAUGGCUUUCAGUUUCAUCUUUUGGAUUGCAGGUCUAGCUAUGCUCACAGUGGGGAUAUGGGCAAAAAUCUCCUUGGAGCAAUAUUUGGUUUUGUCUACCAACAGUUAUCCAAACACGCCACUCAUUUUGCUGGUGAGUGGACCUGCUGUACUGCUUUGGGGCUUUCUUGGCUGCUUCAGUGCUGCAGUAGAGAAGAGGUGCCUUUUACGCAUCUAUGGGUUUUUCCAGCUGGCAGUGCUGCUGGCUGGACUUGCUGCUGGACUCUCGAGCUUGUUCUACCGCAGGGAUAUUGCAGAUGGGUUUCAGAGUGGCCUGAGGAAUGCAGUUCUUUCCUAUGCAGAAGAUGAAGAGAAGGCUAAUGCUCUAGAUGCUAUCCAAAGAAACUUGCAAUGCUGUGGUGUCCAUAGUUACCGUGACUGGUUUGAAUCACCAUGGUCCUUGGAGCAACAGUAUGAUCACCAGGGAUACAAAAAUGGUUCAGUACCCAGCAGCUGCUGCCAGAGACGUAAGGGAUGCCGCAAUAUCUCUCUGUUUAGUGAAGCAUCAGGAAUCCACAGGGAAGGCUGUUUCAAGAAAGUCUGUGACUUUGUAAGUGACAACAUGUUCUAUAUUGCAACUGUUGCUUUGGGGCUAGCAUUAAUGCAAGUGAUAGGCAUUGUCUUAUCAUGUUUGUUGGCCAACAAAAUACCUCUUCAGCUUCCAGAAAUAAUUCCAACCUGA